AUGCAGCUCCGGUUGCCCCCCAGCCUGCACUAUCCCAUCACGGUGACCUCUCUGCUGAAGAAAGAGGGAGACACGGUGGAGCGGGAUGAGGCCAUCUUCUGGUACAAGUACCAGACCGUUGUGGAGGAGGGCGAUGGCAUGGGAGGUACGGCCUAUGUGACACGCGACUUUCCGACUCGUUUCGAAUCGCCCGUGGAUGGAACGGUUGAGAAAUGGAAUAUCGCAAAGGGCGACGUCAUUGAAGAGCCUACCGACAUCGUUCUGAUCGAAGAGCCAUGUGCCCACGAGGUCCAGUUCGGUGGAAUGUGCGCUGAAUGUGGAAAGGAUAUGACCGAAGCAACCUACAAUACCGAGAUAUCCGAAACAUACCGUGCGCCUAUUCAGAUGACUCAUGACAACACCACCCUGACAGUCAGUGCGAGAGAAGCCACCCGGGUCGAAGAAGAUGCAAAGCGUCGUCUAUUGGCCUCCCGGCGCCUAUCGCUUGUGGUAGAUUUGGACCAGACUAUCAUUCAUGCGACAGUUGAUCCCACUGUCGGUGAAUGGAUGAGUGAUCAGGACAAUCCUAAUUUUGAGGCGCUCAAGGAUGUACGGUCCUUUCAGCUGGUGGAUGAUACCCCUGGCGCGCGCGGAUGCUGGUACUACAUCAAGCUUCGACCGGGUCUGGAAGAAUUCCUCGAGAAUGUGUCCGAGCUCUACGAACUGCAUAUCUACACCAUGGGAACUCGAGCGUACGCUCAAAGCAUUGCCGAUCUCAUCGACCCUGCUCGUAAACUCUUUGGGGAUCGCAUCUUGAGCCGAGACGAGAGUGGAAGCUUAACCGCGAAAAACCUGCAGCGCUUGUUCCCCGUUGAUACCAGUAUGGUGGUCAUCAUCGAUGAUCGCGGUGAUGUGUGGCGAUGGGUUGCCAAUUUGAUCAGGGUCGUUCCUUACGAUUUCUUCGUCGGCAUUGGCGACAUCAACUCCAGCUUCCUACCCAAGAAGCAGGAGAUCCCUACACCAAGCAAACCGAAAGCAGUGAUGGAAAAAGAAUCUGCGUCAGAAGUGCCUGGCUCGAACGGUUUGGCAGAAAAGACUGGACCGUCUGAGGAGGUCUCGGCGCUGGAACAGUUGGUGACUAUGGGAGGUGGGGACGACCCGCGACUGCUCCAGGAGCAAACCGAUGCGCAGGAAGAGACCAUUAUGCAUCAGGUCGAAGAUCGCCCUCUUUUACAGAAGCAGAAAGAACUGGACGCAGAUGAAGAAAGCUCCAGUGAAAGCAACGACCUGUCACUCAGCCCAGAUGAGGGGCAUGACACCACUAGACCUCGCCACCACCUUUUGGUUGAUUAUGACACCGAGCUUUAUCAACUUCAGGACCGUCUUGAGGAGGUACACAGACGCUUCUUCGAAGAGUAUGACCGGCUCCGAGCAAGUUCCUUGGGUACUCGUGUCUCAGCUCUUCGUGGCGAGAAGGCCGCGUCCAAGGACAAGGACGUGGACCUACGGCUAGUGCCUGAUAUCAAGAAUAUCAUGCCCGCGUACAAGUCGGGAGUGCUAGGUGGUGUUGUAAUUGUCUUCUCUGGCGUCAUUCCUCUAGGGCAAGACUUACAGAACGCAGAGAUGUCGCUCUGGGCGAAGAGUUUCGGUGCGGUGAUCCAGAAAAACAUUAACAAACGAGUGACUCAUCUUGUUGCUGGCCGGAAUCGGACUGCCAAAGUGCGGGAGGCUACGCGCUGGCCGAAUAUCAAAAUUGUCACCACGCAGUGGCUUAACGAGUGUCUCAUUAAAUGGAAACAUCUGGAUGAAGAACCAUACCUGCUCCAAGUUCACCCCAACGAUCGUGCGGAAGUCCUGUCUCCUGGAUCUCGGGAGAUGAUGGAGAAGUCCUGGCCAUCGUCAGAAGACGAGGCGCUCGAUGGUUCCGAAGAGGAAGAUUUGACGGGAGAGGCAGCUGGACUCUUUGAAUCAACACCCCUGAGCUAUGACCUGGAUGAUCAGGCUGCAGUGCAUGACGAGUUGAAGGAGUUCCUCGGUAGCGACGAUGAGAGCGAAAGUGAUACCGAAGUAUGGUCCGAGGACAAUCCCGACUCGAGCCGGAAGCGCAAGCGCGGCGAAGGCAACGCUACGGACGAAGAGUCCGGCGACGAUCAGGAUAGCGAACAGGAGAACGAGGGCUCUCGUCUUUCCCAGCGGAUUAAACGAUCGUACGCGCGGACCACCGGUCUGAAGGAGGUUGCAAUUGCUGAGAAUCCAAGUGAAGAAACCGUGGAAACGCGAUUUGAGGAAGGCUCAUUCCCCGCUCCGGAUGACGAUGACGACGGUGCAGACGUGACGGAUACCGGGGACGGCACACCUGGGGCUGAGGCUGGCCAACUAGAAGUUCGUUCUGAUAUUGUUGCUGACGAGUCCGAUGUGGAUGACUUUGAACGAGAGAUGAUGGCUGCAUUCGACGAACCAGAUGAGCCUGGCAGCAGCCAGAGCUGA